AUGGCAGCUUUGCAGCUGGUGCUGAGCAAGUCUCUUGCACAUGGCGGUCUUUCGAGGGGACUUCAUGAAAGUGCCAGAUUGAUUGAGAGGCAUGCUGCUCAGCUCUGCGUUUUGGCCGAGGACUGCAACCAGGCCGACUAUGUCAAGUUGGUGAAGGCUCUCUGCGCCGAGCACAAUGUAAACUUGGUGACUGUGCCUAGUGCCAAGACCCUGGGCGAAUGGGCCGGGGUAAGUGUCUCUCAUCUCAUUCUUAGUCCCAAUUGUUUGGUUAACCGAAAAAUCGAGAUAACCGAAGUCUAA